GUAUGGCGUUUGUACAGUUUUCCAUGAGUGACAAGUAACGGUUUCCGAAUUAAGAAAACGCGAAAUAAUGAUUUAUCAUAACUGAAGUGAACUGAAUUUGGUGUAAUGAUCAAAGAUAUGGCUGAUGAUGAGGCCAUACAGGCCACUAAUGACGAUGCGAGUGAGUGUAAAAGAUAUGCGGUGCAACUUGGUUAUUGGUCUGAUCCAUUUAUCAACUUUUUCGUAAAACAAACUGGACGAAAAGCACCUGAAAUCAAUCGCGGUUACUACGCGAGAGUGAAGGGCAUCGAGGUGUUCAUUGACAAAUUUAUCAAACUAUCUGGUGGAAAAGGACAAGUUAUAAAUUUGGGUGCUGGAUUUGAUACACUUUAUUGGAGACUUAAGGAAGCAGGAAAAUGUCCAGCAAAUUUUAUAGAACUUGAUUUUCCUAGCAUUACUGCUAGAAAAUGUUAUCACAUCAAAAAACACAAACAAUUAAUAGAUAUGUUAAAUACAGAAGAUGGAGAAAUUAGGUUUUCAACAACAGAUCUGCAUGCUGCCAACUAUCAUUUGGUGGGAAUAGAUCUGCGGCACAUAUCUGAACUUACUAAUAAAUUAACACAAGCAGAAGUUAAUUUUAAUCUCCCAACCAUGUUCCUUACAGAAUGUGUCUUAGUGUAUGUAGACACUAGUGCAGCUUCUGCAUUGUUAAAAUGGCUUGCUGGAAAAUUUCCAAACAGUAUUUUUGUUAAUUACGAGCAAGUGAACAUGAAGGAUAAAUUUGGUCAAGUUAUGUUGUCCAAUUUACGUAGUCGUGGAUGUUUAUUAGCAGGUGUAGAAGAUUGUGAAUCUUUGGAAACUCAACAAAGACGCUUUACAAUAAACAAUUGGGAAGGCUCUAAUGCAUGGACAAUGGUAGAGGUUUAUGAUUCACUGCCUCAAGAUGACCGUCGUCGAAUCGAACACAUAGAAAUGUUGGAUGAACGGGAACUUUUAGUUCAGUUACUGCAACAUUAUUGCAUCUCAGUUGCUUGGAAUGGACAAACAUUUAAAAAUCUGUCUAUAGCACAGGGUUAG